AGAUAAAUCCUACUAGAAUAAGAAUAUCCCAAACACCAAUUAAAUAAAAUUGUAUUCCUAGAAUAACUGUAUUUAAGUAUCCUAUAAAUACCUCUAGGAUCAACCUAAGGAGCAAGGUAACAUAAUUUGAAACAGCUUUUAUCUAAUUUUUGUGAGCAAGAGUACUUCCAGAAAAAUGGCUUCAUCGUCAUCAAAUUCAUUUUCUGAUGCCGAAAAAGAACUCAAAGCACCGCCAUUGGCUAAUUGCAAGAGAGGAAGAGGCGUCAUACUUCGCGGAGAGAUGUUCUGUUGCAAGAUGAUACCUAUUCAGGUUCUGGGACUAGGACUUCAGUCGUCGAUUAGACUGGGUCUCUUGAAGAAAAGUCAUAGCUGCAUCAGCACGAAAGAUGUGUAGCCUUUUAAUUUAAUAUACAAUGCAAAGCUGA